UUUGACUGUAACUGCAAAGGGAGUCCCAGGUAAUUCGUUUGGGUUCCCUUCCGUUCGGUACAUAGCAUACAUCAUCGAGAGCUUUGCUUCCAACUAAUUGCUUCCGUCAUCAACCUUUGCCUCCCAAGGAAACAACUCCCGUAGUUGACUAAGGGAUUGGCGACAGAGAUAUUGUGGCCAUCCAAUUUCUUGACGAUGAUGCACUCAUCUCGCUCCUUAUCAGCUGUAGCGCCCCGACUCCUGCUGACGCCGCAGACUUCAGCAAUCACGCGAGCCUUUAGUUCCUACAUGUUCGAUGGCUUGGGCGGUGCCGGGGGCGGUGGAAACCCUUGGCAGUGGCCAGUUACAAAAUCCAACACCAUCUUGAAUAUUGUUCCCCAAGGACACAAGUACAUUGUGGAACGCUUCGGAAAGCUUCACAGUAUUCAAGACUCUGGCCUCUUCAUCGCAAUCCCCUAUGUGGACACCAUUUCCUACGUCGUCGAUAUUCGCGAACGCGCCAUUGAUAUACCACCACAGGCUGCCAUCACCCGGGACAACGUGUCUGUUGAAGUGUCCGGAAACCUCUUUGUCCGCUUCAUGGAUCCCGAAAAGGCCGCAUACGGUGCUCUCAAUCCAUUGUAUUCUGUUUCGCAGCACGCACAAUCCACGAUGCGGUCGGCGAUUGGAGAAAUGGAGCUCGAUGAAAUCUUGCACGGUCGGGCCCGUCUCAACGCCCUCAUCAAGGGGUCGCUACAGGAAGCUUCCGAACCCUGGGGACUGGAGAUUAGGCGGUACGAGAUCACCGAAAUCACACCCGAUACGCAGAUUCGUAUUGCCAUGGAUAAACAAGCAGCGGCGGAGCGUGAUCGGCGAGAACAGGUUCUGCGAGCCGAGGGGGCCAAGCGACGGGCCGAACUGGAAUCAGAAGGAGUAAAGAUUAGUUUAACCAACGAAUCUGAAGGUAACCUCAUUAAAGUGCGCAACGAAGCGGAAGCAGAAAAAACACGGAUCCUGUUGGAGGCUGAAGCCAACGCACAAGCCAUUCGCUGGACAUCACAAGCUCAAGCUGAUGCGCUGAAACAGAUUGCGCAGGAAUUGCUCAAACCGGGUGGUAGCGAAGCAGCACGGUUGGCCUUAGCACGAGAGUAUGUAGAUAUGUACGGCGAAAUGGGCAAAGAAUCGAACACCAUUCUCUUCAAUGAGCGACCGGCAGAUGUGACGGCUUUGAUGACUCAAGCCAUGACGGCUAUGAAAGUUGUAGGAGACGUGACAGACAAGAAACUUACGAGCAAGAUUCUUACAGGAGAAGCAACAACAGGCACAGCCACUGGCGAAGAAACAGAAGAAAUGCAACAGAAAAAAUCGCAGUAGUUAUAAAUGUUAUAAGUUUCGUUAGCUGGGCAA